AAUCAACACACCAAAUAUCUUAUUACCAUAUAAGUUUACACUCGCAAUAAAUAGAAAAUCAAAUUUCCAUUACAAUAAAAAGUCAAAAACCCUCCCCUCUCUCCCUCCUCAUUGUUACAUUUCUUUGGUUCGGUCUUCUCCUCCGCCUCCACAGGUAUUGAAAGUUGAAACCUUUGUGUAGAAAAUGGUGUGGUUUCGAGCCGGCUCGAACGUGACCAAGCUCGCCGUACGAAGGCUCCUGAAUCAGGGCAGUUCAUACGCCACAAGGACACGCUCCUUCCACUCAUCUCUCUACAGACCAAACCCACAUCCCUCCUCCUCCUCAUCUCCCAUCCCCCGAGCCGUCCCUCUCUCCAAACUAACAGACAGCUUCCUAGAUGGCACCAGCAGCGUCUACCUCGAGGAGCUCCAACGUGCCUGGGAAUCCGACCCCACCAGCGUCGACGAGUCCUGGGACAACUUCUUCCGAAACUUCGUAGGCCAAGCCGCCACUUCCCCAGGCAUCUCCGGCCAAACCAUCCAAGAAAGCAUGAACCUCCUGCUCCUCGUCAGAGCCUACCAAGUCAACGGCCACAUGAAAGCCAACUUAGAUCCCUUAGCUCUCGAACAGCGAGAGAUCCCCGAGGAUCUCGACUUGGCUCUCUACGGAUUCACAGAAGCUGAUCUCGACAGAGAGUUCUUUCUAGGAGUCUGGCAGAUGUCCGGCUUCAUGUCAGAGAAUCGCCCCGUGCAGACUCUCCGCUCUAUACUGACGAGGCUACAGCAGGCUUACUGUGGGAACAUAGGGUUCGAGUAUAUGCACAUUGCUGAUAGGGAGAAAUGUAAUUGGCUUAGAGAGAAGAUCGAGACGCCGACUCCCUGGAGAUACAACAGGGAGCGGCGCGAGGUGAUUCUCGAUAGGCUUGCUUGGAGCACUCAGUUUGAGAAUUUCUUGGCUACCAAAUGGACAACUGCUAAAAGGUUUGGGCUCGAAGGUGGGGAGUCGUUGAUCCCCGGGAUGAAGGAGAUGUUUGAUAGAGCGGCGGAUCUCGGAGUUGAGAGCAUUGUUAUUGGGAUGUCACACAGAGGGAGACUGAAUGUUUUGGGGAAUGUUGUAAGGAAGCCGUUGCGUCAGAUCUUUAGUGAGUUCAGCGGUGGGAUUAGGCCUGUGGAUGAGGUUGGAUACACUGGAACUGGUGAUGUUAAGUAUCAUUUGGGAACCUCUUACGAUAGGCCAACGAGAGGUGGGAAGAAGAUUCAUCUCUCUUUGGUUGCGAACCCGAGUCAUUUAGAAGCUGCGGAUUCGGUUGUUGUUGGUAAGACAAGAGCGAAGCAGUACUACUCCAAGGAUGUUGACAGGACCAAGAACUUGGGGAUUUUGAUUCACGGAGACGGUAGCUUCGCUGGACAGGGAGUGGUUUACGAGACGCUUCAUCUUAGUGAGCUUCCUAACUACACAACCGGUGGUACUAUCCAUAUUGUGGUGAACAACCAGGUGGCUUUCACUACUGAUCCGAGAGCUGGGAGGUCUUCUCAGUACUGUACCGAUGUCGCCAAGGCCUUGAGUGCUCCUAUCUUUCAUGUGAAUGGUGAUGAUGUUGAGGCUGUUGUUCACGCCUGCGAGCUUGCUGCUGAGUGGCGUCAGAGGUUUCAUUCCGAUGUUGUGGUUGAUUUGGUUUGUUACAGGAGGUUUGGGCAUAACGAGAUUGAUGAGCCGUCUUUCACUCAGCCGAAGAUGUACAAGGUGAUCAAGAACCAUCCCUCCACGCUUCAGAUAUACCACAAGAAGUUGUUGGAGUGCGGUGAGAUAUCGCAGGAGGAUAUUGAUAGGAUACAGGAGAAGGUUAACACCAUUCUGAGUGAAGAGUUCGUUACUAGUAAAGAUUAUUUGUCUAAGAAGCGUGAUUGGCUUUCAACUAAUUGGGCUGGGUUCAAGUCUCCUGAGCAGAUCUCACGUGUUAGAAACACAGGCGUCAAGCCAGAGAUACUUAAGACUGUUGGCAAGGCGAUUUCGUCGCUUCCUGAAAACUUCAAGCCACACAGAGCGGUGAAGAAAGUUUAUGAACAACGUGCUCAGAUGAUUGAAACAGGAGAAGGUAUUGACUGGGCGCUUGCGGAGGCUCUUGCUUUUGCUACCUUGGUUGUGGAAGGCAACCAUGUCCGUUUGAGUGGUCAGGAUGUCGAGAGAGGAACCUUUAGCCAUCGUCACUCUGUGCUUCAUGACCAGGAAACUGGAGAAGAGUAUUGUCCUCUAGAUCAUCUCGUCAUGAACCAGGAUCCUGAGAUGUUCACUGUCAGCAACAGUUCUCUUUCAGAGUUUGGUGUCCUUGGGUUUGAACUGGGUUACUCAAUGGAAAGCCCCAACUCGUUGGUGUUAUGGGAAGCUCAGUUUGGAGACUUUGCAAAUGGAGCUCAGGUGAUAUUUGAUCAGUUCAUCAGCAGUGGAGAAGCUAAGUGGCUGCGUCAAACCGGGCUUGUUGUCCUGCUUCCCCAUGGAUAUGAUGGUCAGGGCCCUGAACAUUCAAGUGCUAGGCUGGAACGUUACCUUCAGAUGAGUGAUGACAACCCCUAUGUCAUACCAGACAUGGAACCUACAUUGAGAAAGCAGAUUCAAGAAUGCAAUUGGCAGAUUGUCAAUGCCACCACUCCUGCCAACUACUUCCACGUUCUGCGUCGACAGCUGCACAGGGAUUUCCGUAAGCCUCUGAUUGUAAUGGCACCAAAGAACUUGCUCCGUCACAAGGACUGCAAAUCAAACCUCUCUGAGUUUGAUGAUGUCCAAGGCCACCCAGGCUUUGACAAGCAAGGGACUAGGUUCAAGAGAUUGAUCAAGGAUCAGAACGAUCACUCUGAUCUCGAAGAAGGCAUCAGAAGAUUGGUACUCUGCUCUGGAAAGGUUUAUUACGAGCUUGAUGAUGAGAGGAAGAAGGUUGGUGCAAGCGAUGUUGCUAUUUGUAGAGUGGAGCAGCUUUGUCCUUUCCCAUAUGAUCUCAUUCAGCGUGAGCUCAAGAGAUAUCCAAAUGCUGAGAUAGUUUGGUGCCAAGAAGAGGCGAUGAACAUGGGAGCAUUCAGCUACAUAACCCCAAGGCUGUGGACAGCAAUGAGAAGCUUAGGCAGAGGAGAUAUGGAAGACAUCAAGUACGUUGGUCGUGGACCUUCUGCUGCUACUGCCACUGGUUUCUACACUUUCCAUGUCAAAGAGCAAGCUGAGCUCGUCCAGAAAGCCAUCGGAAAGGAACUCAUCAACUGAAAAAACCCUUCAUUUUUAAGCUGAACUUUGAAUAAAAAGUUUCGGUGAACAAAUUGAUACACAACACUGACAAAGUCUUUGUCUUUGCUUUUUUGGUCCCAUUGAGAAUUUUUUAGCCUGUCUUGUGCUGCAGGUUUAUACACAUCAUCUCACUUUUAAUAAAACUUUUGUUUUUCUUCUUCA